GCCGGACCCUGGGAGGCAGAGGAAGAAGGCAGAGGCAGGGAGGGCCGGCCCAUGGCCACUCCCAGGCCCCACCCAGGCUCCUGAGGCCUGGAAGGAGCAGGGGGGCUUCGAGGGCUCCCAGGGGCCUCUCUGCCUGUUGCCCUGCUCUCCCUUCCCCUUCGGUGAGGUGCCGGGGAGCUGCACCUUUGUUAGCGGGACGACCGGCUGCAGACCCUGGACGGAGGCGCACAGGCCCCACUACUUCCCACUGGCUGUGCACCCUGACCCCAAGAGGGAGGGAGGGAGGCCCUGCCCUUGAGCAGCCAAGCUGCCAGGGCUCCUGAGAGGCAGCUACCUGCACCUUCCCUCGCUGCCCUUUUUGCCAGGAGCCUGUGCCCCUUGGGCUGCCUGGCCCUGGGCCUGGUCACGGAGUGGGACUCCCUGGCCCAGCCUUGCCAGGGACCGAGGACACCGAGCCUUGAGGGGAUGCCCCCGAGGGUGCCAGUCCAGCCAGCUGCCCCGCCCCUCAGGCCCAGCCUGGCCCCCUCUUUCCCCCGCCUGGCGCCCCGAGCAGCCCCCCUGGCAGGCAGCCCCCGCCAUGGCCGAGCACCCGGAACUGCUGGCAGAGAUGCCCAUGGUGGGCAGGCUGAGCGCGCAGGAGCGGCUGAAGCAUGCCCAGAGGCGCCGUGCCCAGCAGGUGAAGGUGUGGGCCCAGGCGGAGAAGGAGGCCCAGGGCCGGAAGGCCCCCAGGGAGCAGCCGCGCACAGACGCGGCGGCUGGCAGGCCCCAGAAGCGGGUCCUCUUCCCUCCCAGCGUCACCCUUCUCGAGGCUGCUGCCCGGAACGACCUGGAAGAAGUCCGCCAGCUCCUGGAGAGCGGGGUCGACCCUGACCUGGCCAACGAGGACGGCCUGACAGCCCUGCACCAGAGCUGCAUCGACGAUUUCCGGGAGAUGGCGCGCCAGCUCCUUGAGGCCGGGGCCACGGUCGACGCCCGGGACAGCGAGUGCUGGACACCCCUGCAUGCCGCGGCCACCUGUGGCCACCUGCACCUGGUGGAGCUGCUCAUUGCCCGGGGUGCUGACCUCUUGGCAGUCAACACUGAUGGGAACAUGCCCUACGACCUGUGUGAGGAUGAGCAGACGCUGGACUGUCUUGAGACAGCCAUGGCCGACCAAGGCAUCACCCAGGAGGGCAUCGAGGCGGCCCGGGCCUUGCCGGAGCAGCACAUGCUGGAGGACAUCCAGGGCCUGCUGCGGGCGGGGGCCGACCUGGACGCACCUGGGGACCACGGGGCCACACUGCUGCACGUCGCUGCUGCCAACGGAUUCGGCGAGGCGGCCGCCCUGCUGCUGGAACACCGGGCGAGCCUGAGCGCCAGGGACCGCGACGGCUGGGAGCCGCUGCACGCCGCAGCCUACUGGGGCCAGGUGCACCUGGUGGAGCUGCUGGUGGCACAUGGCGCCGACCUCAACGGGAAGUCCCUGAUGGAAGAGACGCCUCUUGACGUGUGCGGGGACGAGGAGGUGCGGGCCAAACUGUUGGAGCUGAAGCACAAGCAUGAUGCCCUGCUGCGCGCCCAAGGUCGCCAGCGCUCGCUGCUGCGACGCCGCACCUCCAGCGCCGGGAGCCGCGGGAAGGUCGUGAGGCGGGCGAGCCUGACUCAGCGCACCAGCCUGUACCGCAAGGAGCACGCACAGGAGGCCAUUGUGUGGCAGCAGCCGCCGCCCGCCAGCCCAGAGCCUCCCGAGGAGGACGAGGACGGCCAGACAGACACUGAGCUCAGGCCGCUGCCCCCCGAGGAGGAGGACUCGGAGGUGUCCAGGCCGCACAAUGGCCGCGUUGGGGGCCCCACGGGCCGGCACCUGUACUCCAAGCGGCUGGACCGGAGCGUCUCCUACCAGCUGAGCCCUGUGGAGAGCAGGGCCCCCGACGCCCUGGGCCGGGCCAAGGCCCAGCACACGCUGGCGGAGCUCAAGCGCCAGCGCGCGGCCGCCAAGCUGCAGCGCCCCGCGCCCGACGCGCAGGACGGGCCCGAGGCCCCUGGGCCCCGUCUGCCUGCGGACCCUGAGGCGCCUCCGCCCGAGUCCGGCCCCCGGGCUGGGGGCGAGCCGCCCCUGCUCAAGCUCACAGCCCCCUCGGAGGACGCGGCCGUGGAGAAGAGGCCCUGCUGCCUGCUCAUGUGAGGGGCUGGCACUCAGGGUGCCCAGGGCCCUGCACUGGAGACCCGCCCUGUGCCCUGAGGGGACUUCCCGCCACGUCCCUUCCAGGACUCCGCCUCCUCGCUCAGGAACAGGCCUGUGGCAGAAGCCAUAUCUGGGGGCCCCGGCCUCAGAGACCUCGUUCCACUCUGUGACUUGAUAAAAAGCCCUUCUGCCACCUGCCUUGUCGUGUCUCAGCCAGGCCACUGUCCCCACGGUGGGAGCUGCUGGGUUCCCGGGCCUGGGCGUGCUGUCCCUGUGGGCGCCCGCACGCUG